GACGACCCCCCUCCCCUUCGCCAACGCCUUUCACCAACACGCGGCAGGCAGUCAUUCGAAUAUGGCCGGCAACGACUCUUUCCUCCAUCUGGCGCGCCCGCUCGGCCCAGCCCCCAUCGGCGCUCAGCCAUCGACUGCGCCGCUGAACGUUGCCAUCCAGCCCCAGGCUGUCUUCUCCAUACUCGAUCACUCGCUCCGCCGCCCGGCCGACCAAGAACGCGUCAUUGGCACCCUGCUCGGCACCCGCAGCGAAGAUGGCACUGAGAUCGAAAUCAGGAAUUGCUAUGCCGUCCCGCACACCGAGACCGCCGAGCAGGUCGAGGUAGACAUGGACUACCAGAAGCAAAUGCUUGCCCUGCACCUCCGCGCAAACCCCCGCGAAGUCCUCGUCGGCUGGUAUGCCACCAGCAGCGACCUAAACACCUUCUCUGCUCUCAUCCAAAACUUCUACAGCCAGCAAGGCGAUGGUACAUGGCCCCAUCCCGCGGUCCAUCUCACCGUGUCGACAGUGCCGGGCCAGGAGAUUGAGUCACGGACAUACAUUUCUGCGCCCAUUGGCGUGACUGCCGAGCGUGCCGCAGACUCGUGUCUGUUCAUCCCGGUACCCCACGAAAUCAAGUACGGCGAGGCAGAGAAGUCAGGCCUGGAACUCAUUUCGUCGGCCAAGGAUCGCGAAGACAAGUCACAGGAGAUCCUCACCGACCUCGACUCGUUGGAGCGCGCCAUUAUUCACGUUUUGGACAUGCUUGAGCGCGUGUCAAACUACGUCAACAACGUCCUGGAUGAGGAGGCAGAGCCAUCAUCAGCACUAGGACAAUUCUUGAUGAACGCCCUCAGCCUGGCACCCAAAGUGGACCCUGCCGACAUUGAGCGCGACUUCAACGCACACAUCCAAGACGUCCUCGUCGUAUCCUACCUUGCCAACACGAUUCGCACACAAAUCGACCUUUCCAACCGCCUCGCAACCGCCGCCCUCACUCUUGGUGGUGGUGAUGCUCUCGCAGGGGACGCCCAGAAAGAAGGCGGUGACAACAGGGGUAAAGGUGGGGAUCGACGGGGUGGCGGUAAAGGCAGGGGCCAACAGAGGCAACAGGAAGCAUGAGGAUGAAAUUUUGAGAGAUAGUUAGAAGAGCUUGGGAUUGGCGUUUGACGAAGGCACGUCUGUAGGUCGGUCGAAAUCCGGUCCGGCAAAGACGUUGCAGACCUUGAACGAGGUCGACACUGCGCCGAGAGAUGUGCAAUUGGAGUGAACCGAGACAUGCGACAUGAUGAUGAACGGAUGGCAAGUGCAGAGCUGGCAAAGUGUGGGUGAAUAUGAGGCUUUGUAUGAUUAUUGCAGGCCUAUCAAACAAGCAUUAGACCGAGCUCUUCAAGAAGCUCCGGCAAUAAACACUAUAAGACAACGAGUUUUGCAUCCAAUCUGAAUGUUCCCUGUAAUUAAUUUUCUUUAUUAACGAAUGACACUCCUAGGCUGAGACGCAAUGAUGAACACCGGGGAUAACAUCUUAAAUUAAGUAGAACAAACGCC